UCUUUUUUUGAAUAUUUAUAGAAUGACUUUGAUGGCGCCCUCCUUAAUCACACCAAGUACAUCCAAGCUGUUAUCUUAUCUAUCUUUCAAUAAACCCUAUACCCAACCUUCUUCAUCAAAAUCACCCGAUAUGCCGACUUUUAUUACGAUUGUGAUGCGUAAGGAUGGUACACUAACCACAAAAUGCUUGAAUGAUACACAGCAACAGCAGCCACAGGCUCGUUCAAGUACUUUGUUAACCCGUCGUCGUCGUUCAUUUUUAUCUUUACAAUGUCCUUCCUCUUCGCCGCCUAAACAACGCCGACUCAUUCCUUCCUUUAUACCCCGUUUUCAGGCUUGUAAGAGAAAUAGUAUUGACAUACAAUUAUGCGGCGAUAAUGAUCAAAUAGUAGUAACUGCUGAGCGGUCACAAACUUUUAUUCAACGACUACCGAUUGAACUCAUGGUCAAAACAAUGCUCUACCUAGACUGUUUGAGCUUAUUGAGGCUAUCAGAAACAUGCAAACAUUUGCAUCGUAUUUGUCAUCGGAACCAUCACUAUUUAUGGCAGACGUUGUUUCGUACGAAUUAUUGCCAAAAACGGUUAUUGACAGAUGAUGAUUACUAUGAUCUCUACAAGAAUCACUACAGGCUCAAUCAGCGAUGGAAGAGAGGAAAUGUGCAUACACGGUAUCUUACAGGACAUGAAGACAGUGUGUACUGCUUAGUAUGGUUUGGAUCUAACCAAAUUGUGAGUGGCAGCAGAGACCGUUCAGUCAAAGUGUGGGAUCUCAGUCGCCCACAAGAGUCAUUGCUGUUGACCAAGACACAUCAUGAUGGGAGUGUGCUCUGUUUGCGUAUCUCAAGCGAUAUGACAUUUAUGGUAUCUGGGUCUUCCGAUACCACUUGUUUAAUCUGGUCUUUGCCUGAAUUUGUGCCUCGAAAAAGGCUGAUCGGCCAUAGUGGUGGUGUAUUGGAUGUAUGUAUUCUAGAGAGUUUGAUUGUAAGUUCAUCACGUGAUGCGAGUAUACGUGUAUGGGAUACUGCCACUGGACAAGAGAUAAGGCGGUUAGAGGGUCAUGCUGGACCAGUGAAUGCUUUGGGAUCUUUUAAGCGCCUUGUUGUGUCUGCCUCAGGUGAUACAACAUUAAGACUAUGGGAUGUAGAUACAGGACAUUGUCUUCGUACUUUUAUUGGACAUACUCGAGGAUUAGCCUGUGUUCGUUUUGAUGGUAAAUUUAUUUAUAGUGGCGGACAAGACAAUAAGCUUAAGGUGUGGGAUGCAAGUUCAGGAAACUGUAUAUCUACACUGACUGGACAUUCAGAUUUGAUUCGAACCAUCGAUAGCUUUGAGAACAUUGUUGUGAGUGGUAGUUAUGAUAAAACACUAAGAGUGUGGGACAUGAAGGAAAACAAAUGUUUGUUGAGUUUCCAAAGUGGUCAUUCGAGUUGGAUAUUCAAUAGUUUGCUAAACAGAACAAAAAUCAUCAGUGCUGGUCAAGACAAAAGAAUUAUGGUGUUGGAUUUUGGCUAUGAUCUUAUCACUAUUGACCACUAGAAACCGCCAAGAAACCACUUGUUUUUCCUGGUUCUAGUCUCUUCAGCCUCACUUGAUUAAGAAUGAAUUUUUAUUGGAUAAAAAUCACUUGUUCUCUCUCCUUUUUAAUGCUAAAAAGCAACAAAAAAACUCCC